AUGCCAUUAUCUAGGUUGUGGACUAAUCAAGAGGUUUAUUCUCCUGAUGGGAACGAGACCGCGUUAAUGGCGACAACCACAGGUUCUAGUCUUUCGUCAACAGACAUACUUAGCGACGAGGUGACCAACUCUGUGGUCAUCUGUGGUCUUCUCAGUCUACUCGGUGUGCUGACCAACGUCAUCAACAUUGUGGUGUUUGCCAAGCAAGGGUUUCAAGACAGCAUGAACAUUAGUCUCAUGGGACUAGCAGUAUCUGACCUGAGCUCACUGGUGACCAUGAUCUGGCUCAGUAUAUUAUGUUACAAGCCGCUGUUCUACCACCCAGAGCUGCCCUUUGACCCGAUGGACAUCAUGUACCUCACAGGAGCCACGCCACAUGUACUCUUUGCCAAAAUCUCCAGUUUUAUCACCGCAUUCAUCACCUUUGAGCGAUGUUUGUGUAUAGCAGUACCUCUGAAGGUUAAGAUGAUUAUCACACCCGUAAGGAAGAAAAUGAUAAUUAUUUCUAUCUACAUUGUCGUGUCCAUUUUGGUUAUCCCCUUCUGCUUCGGAAACAGACUUAUCUGGGCUUUUGAUUUCACCAGGAACGCUACAAUACUAAAAAUUACCUACACGGACGAGAGAGAAAUACUAGAAGCGAUUACGUUUCUCACCCAAGGCGUAUUUGCUUCCGCACUUUCUUUCGUCUUUGUGGUCUGCUGUACCAUUGUUCUUGUCAUCAAACUCAACAGCAAAACAAAAUGGCGUCAGGCAGCCAGUGCUGAUCAUGCAAUGGAACGAGCUGGGGUCAAAGAUAAAAAGGUUGUGAAGAUGGUGACCUUCAUUGCCGUCAUUUUCAUCAUCUGUGCUGUACCUCCUACCGUAUUCUUUAUGUUUAUGGCGAUAGAACCAGAUUUCCGUUUCGACGAUACAUAUUAUAAAAACCUAUGUCAAACCGUCUGGUCUUUAACGUUUUUAACAGAAACUGUCAACUCCAGUGUGAAUAUGUUUGUGUAUCUGAAAAUGAGUUCGAAAUACCGAGCAGAAUUUCUGAAAACGUUUUGGGGGAAGUAAUGUGCUAACUAGAAAAAGGAAAAAGAAAAUAAAUCUUGAUAACUGUCUAGAAAGGUACAGCAAAAAUAAACUCUGGGUACAAAUAUACUAGGUCUCGUUCAGUCAAAAAGAACAAAUAGACUUAGGAAAACAAUGGUCUCCAGGCAAUAUUUGAUUUGAACUUCCGUUUCCUGUUUUUUCCCCCUUUUAGAUCAGAAGCUCGAGUGUCAGCUUAUAAUUUUUUUGGCUACAGUUCUAAAAUAGUUUAUCUUGUAGCGUGCUAUUGCCAAUGAUUGUCUAGUUGUCCACAGUUGAUUCGUUCUUCAGUGUAACAAUCUACUAAACGAGAA